CCCUGGCUCAGUCUGGCGGGCCCCAUGUUACUGAGCGGAGCUCCUCCGGCGGGCUCCCGCCCCGGGCCGCGGGCGCAAGGGAGUGCCGGGGGUGGCUCGGGGGGGUCCCGCCGGGGCACCGGGGGUGCGGGAGCCGGCCCAGGAGGGGGCGGCAGCGGCGGGGUAGCCAAGUGGCUCCGGGAGCACCUGGGCUUCCGCGGGGGGAGCGGCGGCGGAGGGGGCAGCAAACCGGCGCCCCCGGAGCCGGACUACCGUGCCCCCGCUCCCUCCCCUGCGGCGCCCCCCGCGCCGCCCCCGGACAUACUGGCCGCCUACCGGCUGCAGCGGGAACGCGACUUCGAAGACCCCUACUCCGGGGUGUCGUCCGGUUCCUCAGCCCUCGCCACCCCCGCUGUCCCCGGCCCCACGCCGCCCCCGCGCCACGGCUCGCCCCCGCACCGCCUUAUUAGGGUCGAGACCCCAGGACCCCCAGCGCCCCCUGCCGAUGAGCGGAUCACAGGACCCCCGGCGAGUAGCGACAGGUUGGCAAUCCUAGAAGACUAUGCUGAUCCAUUUGAUGUUCAGGAGACUGGUGAAGGCUCAGCAGGAGCUUCAGGAGUCCCAGAGAAGGUCUCUGAAAAUGAUGGCUACAUGGAACCCUAUGAGGCUCAGAAGAUGAUGGCUGAGAUCCGGGGCUCCAAGGAGACAGCAGCCCAGCUCUUGCCUCUGUAUGACACACCCUAUGAGCCAGAGGAAGAGGGGGCCACCCCAGAAGGUGAGGGGGCCCAUUGGCCCCGGGAAUCCCGCCUGCCAGAAGAUGAUGAGAGGCCCCCUGAGGAGUACGACCAGCCCUGGGAGUGGAAGAAGGAGAGGAUUUCCAAAGCCUUUGCAGUUGACAUUAAGGUUAUCAAAGACCUACCUUGGCCUCCGCCCGUGGGACAGCUGGACAGCAGCCCCUCCCUGCCUGAUGGGGACAGGGACAUCUCCGGUCCAGCCUCGCCCCUCCCUGAGCCCAGCCUGGAGGACAGCAGCGCCCAGUUUGAAGGAUCUGAGAAGAGCUGCCUGUCACCUGUUCGGGAGGAGAAGGGGCGGCUACCUCCCAGACACUCUGCAGGGAACCCCAAGUCAGCCAAGCCCCUAAGCCUGGAGCCCAGCAGCCCUCUGGGGGAGUGGACAGAUCCAGCACUGCCUCUGGAAAACCAGGUCUGGUAUCACGGGGCCAUCAGCCGAACAGACGCCGAGAACCUGCUUCGGCUGUGCAAAGAGGCCAGCUACCUGGUGCGCAACAGCGAAACCAGCAAGAAUGACUUCUCCCUCUCUCUCAAGAGCAGUCAAGGCUUCAUGCACAUGAAGCUGUCCCGGACCAAGGAACACAAAUAUGUGCUGGGCCAGAACAGCCCACCCUUCAGCAGCGUCCCUGAAAUCGUGCACCACUAUGCCAGCCGCAAACUGCCCAUUAAGGGGGCGGAACACAUGUCCCUGCUCUACCCCGUGGCCAUCCGGACUCUUUAGAUGUGAAGCCAGGGUAUUGAUAGACCUGAACCCAGCCCUGUGCCGGUCAUUCUGGCUGAGGGCUGGGGCUCUUUGCACCGACUCGAUCGAUCCAUCUCUCGAACCUUUCUUCUCCUUUCCCUGAGAUCGAAUAGAAGCUGGAGGUUCCUUAAUUUAUUUCCUCAAGGGGAAGGGCUGCUGGGGCCUUAGAGUUACCCAGAGAGAAAGCAGAGCCUCUGGAGGAGGGGCUCCAGAGCCGGGGUGUCCUGGGGACUUUAGGAUUGGCAGCUCCAGCUUCUUACCGACCCGAAGGCAGAGGCAACGACCUCAUACUCGCCCUCCACCCCCAAACCACCGGAGGGCUCCGCCCAGAGUCUGGCAGUCCCCUGGGAUGGAGACAGCCCUAGUGGAUUGGGAAGGGCUCGGCCCGAGGGAACCGCAGUCUCCGGGCCGCCCGGCUCCGGGCCAGAGGCAAUAAAUAAACCCAGUCCUGCCGGGCAGUGCUGCGUCCGCACCUCCGGCGCCGCCCCCAGGCCGACGGGGGAGGGAACGGCGAAACGAGCACAGAUUCUGAUUAUAAAUCAGCUCUGGAGCAGACAUAAGCCGCCUGUAAAAAGCACUUUCGAAGCAUCAAGUUCUUUCUUUGACGAGACGUCAAAACAUCCCCCGCUGCUCCCACCCGGGCUAGGGACACCGAGGCCCGCCGGCGCUAUGGCACCCUUCCCCGCCGCGCCGCUGAGCGCCGCUCCCCUACAGCUCGUCCAAUUUCCUGCCAACAGCCAUUUGUCUAGGAGGAGGGGGACGCGGAGAGACAAAGAGGCAGCGCGCCAGGCGGGAGGGAGCGGGCCGGCAGUGCCACGCGGAAGCCGCGCUCCCGCGGAGGCGGGAAGGCUGGCGGGGCGGACCGCGGAGUCCUCGCUCGCUUCCUCCGCCAGCCCUGACUGAAGCAUCCGUUUCCCGGAGAUCUGCGGCGCGGGCGGCCGUGCGCGCCCCCUGGGGGCCGUGCCUUUAACCGCCCGCCCUACGCGCGGGGCCACACCCGCCUGCGGCCUGGCUACGCCCGGGCUGGUGCCCAUGGCGGGAACUCGCAGGGCCUGGGGCCCAGCCCCGUAAUGCCCGCUGGGCCACUCCGGCUCGCCCUCCUGCUCCCACGCCUGCGGGUGACGGUCUGAGGGCCUCUUCUAGGA